GGACCUCCUCUUUGUAUGCCAUUCUCCCCUGGUGUCCACUUUAAAUUGAUGAUGGUUGCCUUGUGCCUUUUUAUAGAAGUUGGUCUGCUUCACCACAGCAUACUACAAACAGAGGUUGAUGUGCAAUUCUUGAUGAAAGAAACAGUCAUGAAUCAAGAAAAGCUAGCAAAACUACAGGCCCAAGUGCGAAUAGGGGGAAAGGGAACAGCUCGCAGGAAGAAGAAAGUUGUCCAUAGAACAGCAACAGCCGAUGACAAGAAACUCCAAUUCUCCCUUAAAAAGCUGGGAGUCAACAACAUAUCUGGCAUUGAAGAGCUGCUGUAGAUGGAAAAACACCAGUCAGUGGAGAAGAUGAUGAUGACGAAGUUCCAGACCUUGUUGGGAACUUUGAUGAAGCAUCAAAGAAUGAAGCAAACUGAGUAGAUUAUGGACAGUUGGAACUCUCUAUAGGGAUCUGCUAUUUUUGUAUCGUUACUGCCUUGGUUUGUGAAAUAAAGUAAUUUUACAGUUUCCUGACUGAAAUACCCAGCGAUAAAUUAAAAAUUGCAGUAUCUGAAUGUUCUUUCGUAGUGCAGUUCUUACCCAGUUUAAUGCUUGUAACAGAAUUGUGAGCAAUUUACCGUUGCAGCCAUUUAAAGAUAAUUGUCUGGAAUGAGUUUGAAAUAAAUACAGGCAAAUAGAGCUGCCUACCAUUGCUUACUCAA